AUGUUCAAUAACAGAAUAUAUUUCUGGAAUCUGAGCAUCAAAAUAAUUUUCUUGUUACUAACUACAAUUGGAAUUCUGGGAAAUUUCUCUGUGUUUUACUAUUAUCUGGUCUUCUAUGGAGAAUGCAAAUUAAAGACUAUAGAUUUGAUUCAUAUGCACCUAAUGGGAGCCAACACCAUGAUCAUUCUCUCUAGAGGAGUACCACAAACAAUGGCAGCUUUUGGUUUGAAGCAGUUUUUAAAUGAUUUUGGAUGCAGAUUCCUUUUGUACAUUGAAAGAGUUGGGCGCAGUGUGUCCAUUGCCACCACCUGCCUUUUGAGUGUCUUCCAGGCCAUCACCAUAAGUCACAAGAAAUCCUAUGGUAAUAAUGUAAAAGUCAAAGCUGGGAAGUACAUUGAGUGCUCCUCUGCCCUCCUCUGGGUCUUGUACAUCUUAUUAAAUUUAACUUUCUUUUUGUACCCAAUUAUCACAAUGUAUAGUGGUAAUAUGACAAGAAAACGAGACUUUGGAUACUGCUCCAUUGAAGGGGGGAAUGAAAUCGGUGACUUACUCUAUGCAGCAUUGGUAGUGUGCCCUGAAGUAUUUUAUUCUUUGCUCAUGGCCUGGUCUAGUGGCUCUAUGAUUUUCAUUCUAUAUAGACACAAACAGAGGGUGCAAAAUAUCCGCAGCACUUGUGGUUCCUGUAGAAAAUCCCCCGAGUCCAGAGCCACCCACCACAUCCUGAGCAUGGUGUGUACCUUUCUGGCUUUUUACACACUCUCCUCCAUCUUACAAGGAUGUGUGGCUCUUUUGUAUAAUCACAGUCGGUGGCUGGUGAACAUCACUAACCUCACUUCUCUGUGUUUUCCUUGUUUUGGACCCUUUGUUCUUAUUAGUCAUUACUCCAUUUUGUCAAGACCUAGAUUUGUCUGA